GGUCAUCCCAACCCCGAGUUGCCGACAUGUUCUCGGAACACCUUCGCCCACCGUCGACGCAUUACGACGACAGCUUCAGGGACUCGCAACAGCAGUGCCAGAUGCACCCUAGUCGAGACAGAACUGUCGCUGUCUUCGAUUGGGACGACACGUUGUGUCCAAGUACGUGGCUGCACAGCCAAGGUCUGCUUCCCUCGUAUCGAGGACACAGUGUUGCGUUGAGCGCGGUUGAUCGCCAAGUACUCGCGGCGCUCGAAGUCCGCAUCUGUGCGCUUCUUACGAAAGCCUUGACGUACGGCCCGGUCUUUGUCGUAACUGCUGCCGAAACCGGAUGGGUGGAAAUUGCGUGUUCGCUGUACAUGCCUGCCGUCCACGACUUGUUGAACAUGUCGGACGAAAUCCACAUCGUGUCCGCUCGAAGUUGGUUCGAGCGCACGUUUGGCGGCGGGGGCGACGCGCGUCGAUGGAAGCUCGAGACGCUUGGCAUGAUUGCAUCCAAGUGUUUCGGGAAUCGACGAGGGUGGGGCAACCACAGCUUGAUCUCGGUCGGCGACUCGCUGGCGGAACGCGAUGCAUGCCACGCCGCCGUGCAUGUGAUUCCAGAGACGGCACUCCUGGCCAAGACGCUCAAGUUCAUCGAGCAUCCCGAUGUCGGGGAUGUCUUGAAGCAAGUGGACUUGGCGUUCCUUAGCUUUGACAACAUGUGUGCGUACGACGACCAUUUGGACUUGCGGAUAUCGCCGGACCAUUUACAUUCCACUCCUUUUUAGCUCUAGGGUCUAAUUUAUUUUGUUUUCUUCUUGGAGCUAGUGGUCGCUUUCUCCGCCGUGGCGAGCUGGAGCCGCGAUGGCUUCAUGAUGACAAACCGGACUUCCGCCUCAACAGUCUUGGAAUGGUUGCGCAAGUAGUAUGCAUUCUGGGGCGGGACAAAGUACUCGUCGCCGGGGCUCAGGAGAAACCUUUGGGCCGUCUCGUGGUCGAACGAACCUUCUGAAGGAUCUGCAUAUGCCACCUCAAGAGAGCCCGGUUGGCACUGCAGGACA